UUGACAGUGAUAUAUCAGUAGAAGAAGAUGAUGUAAAAUUGAUUGGAACGCAAAGGAAGCAGCUUGCAAUGUUGGAUCUUCUCAUAGCGGCAUAUCGUGAAGGUGUCAUGACUGAUUUAGAGAUUAGACAGGAAGUUGACACUGUUAUGACUGCGGGUCAUGAUACUACAGCGUCAAGUUUAAGUUUCAUUUUGGCAUUAUUAGCUGAACACAAGGACAUUCAGGAUCGUGUCAGAAACGAAGUCGAUAUUGUUAUGCAAGAGAAUGAAAAUAAAUUAACUAUGAAAUUUUUGCAUCAACUAUCAUAUUUAGAAAGAUGCAUAAAAGAAGCUUUGCGCUUGCAUAGUGUCGCAUUGUUUAUAUCACGCGUAUGUGGAGAAGAUGUAAAAUUACGUACGUAUUAA